AUGAGGACCUUUUUUAUCCAUGUUGCCCAUGUUGCGAUUCUCUAUCGAGCAUUGGCAGCGUCGACAUGCUCUGAAGAGAUUGUCCAAAGGUUGCCAAAGAUUUGGGAGUCUUCUGGCCCACCGAUCUCUUACGGAGAUACCGCUACAUGCCAUGGUGUUUUGAAGCGUGUGUCUAUUCGAUGCGACACAGUGAAUGACAUUGUGACGCAGUUUUUGUUCACCAAGAUGGAUAAAAACGUGAUCUCUGACGAACUUGUCAAUCUCUUGAAGGAGCGCUUUGUCUCUGAGUUUCAAGCGUGCGUCCCGUUUGCAUGCGCGAUACCACAAGGUGACGCAGCUGACGCAAGUGACGCAGGUGACGAGUUGUUUCGUUUGCCCUUCGCUUUGCUUCUGCUUUUGUACGGCAACGGCCUCCUUACCGGCACUUUGCUCCGCGACGCAGCCCUGGAACUCCACGAGCUGGUCAACGUAGAAUUCCGGAUUUUCCAUGCCUGUCAUUGCGUUCGGUGCAGCUGGCAGUGCCAAGAGCUCCAGAAGCCUUAG